AUUGCAUGUGGGAUCAGAGUUCUCGCAGAAAUGCACUUCUCCCAUUCAAGACGGAAUAAGUGCAAGUGGUUGAUCAGAGGCGUCAAAGAGUUCCACCCACCUGCCCGAAUGGAGUGGAAUAGUUCUGAUCAGCAUAAUUUUAUUUGAAAUUGAUGUGAGUUCCACAUCCCAAGGAAUCGGUGGUGCAGCAGUGUACAAUCCUGUGAUAAUAUCCUGGAAUGUGGUUCUAUUGUGAUUUUCUGGCAGGGUGGGUCGGAGGUGCUUGCGGGGUUUUAGUUGGUCAUCCAUUAGACACAAUCAAAACUUGGCAGCAGGCCUCAAACACGAGUGUUUUCACAGCUAUCUACCAAAUCGGAGCGCGGAAUAAUGGGAUAAAUGGAUUCUAUCGAGGCAUGCUAUUUCCAUUCCUAACAACUGGAGCAAUUAAUUCGAUUCUAUUUGGAAUUUACGGAAACCAUUUGAGACAAUUGCAAAAAAUAUGUCAUAGUGAUUUGCAGCGUGAGAUGUAUCAAGACCGAAAUGUUUUUGCGGCAGGAUCCGUAGCUGGAUUUAUCCAAUCCUUUAUUGCUUGUCCAAUUGAACUCAUCAAAAUUCGAUUGCAAACACAUCGAUAUUAUACAGACUAUAAGAUAACAGGAAAGAAGACACCACUGACAUGUAUGAGGCGCAUCGUCAAAGCGAAUGGAAUAUCUGGAUUGUAUAGAGGAUUGUUGCCAAUGAUGUGCAGAGACGUUCUGCCCUAUGGGAUUUAUAUGCUGGUUUAUCAGAAUAUGUGCAGAUUUCUGGACAAUUUAGAGUAUGUAAAGAAGAAACGAAUGAAACAACGCAAGCUAGACACAUCCUUCGAAAUGGGGCUCACUACUAUAGCUGGAGCUACUGCUGGAGUUUUAUCGUGGAUUUGUGUCAUUCCAUUUGAUGUAAUCAAAACAAUUAUGCAAGCGGAACAAGAUACACAGUAUAAAAAUAUGACACACUGUUUGAAGGAGAAUAUUUCGAAGAAUGGAUGGAGAUUUGUGUUUCGUGGAAGUUGGAUGCUAGUGGUGCGAGCUAUUCCAGUUAAUGUGGCCACGUUUCUAGGCUAUGAAUAUUCUAUGGAAAUGUAUCAAAAAUAUACUAAUACAGAAGAGCAAUUGCAGCAGAAGAUAUAAAUAUACUUUGGUAGAAAAGCUUC